GUAUUUAUGAGCCUCCAUUUAUUGUACUACUGCAGUGAACCAACCUUGGAUGUGAAAAUUGCCUUUUGUCAGGGAUUCGAUAAACAAGUGGAUGUGUCAUAUAUUGCCAAACAUUACAACAUGAGCAAAAGCAAAGUUGACAACCAGUUCUACAGCGUGGAAGUGGGAGACUCAACCUUCACAGUUCUCAAGCGCUACCAGAAUCUAAAGCCUAUUGGCUCUGGGGCUCAGGGAAUAGUUUGUGCUGCGUAUGAUGCUGUUCUUGACAGAAAUGUGGCCAUUAAGAAGCUCAGCAGACCCUUUCAGAACCAAACGCAUGCCAAGAGAGCUUACCGGGAGCUGGUCCUCAUGAAGUGUGUGAACCAUAAAAACAUUAUUAGUUUAUUAAAUGUCUUCACACCCCAGAAAACGCUGGAGGAGUUCCAAGAUGUUUACUUAGUAAUGGAACUGAUGGAUGCCAACUUGUGUCAGGUGAUUCAGAUGGAGUUAGACCACGAGCGAAUGUCUUACCUGCUAUACCAAAUGUUGUGUGGCAUCAAGCACCUUCACUCUGCUGGAAUUAUUCACAGGGACUUGAAACCAAGUAACAUUGUAGUCAAGUCUGAUUGUACAUUGAAAAUCCUAGACUUUGGAUUGGCCAGGACAGCAGGCACAAGCUUCAUGAUGACUCCUUAUGUGGUGACACGUUAUUACAGGGCCCCCGAGGUUAUUCUGGGAAUGGGCUACAAGGAGAACGUUGACAUGUGGUCAGUAGGGUGCAUCAUGGGAGAAAUGAUAAAAGGUGCAGUGCUGUUUCCUGGCACUGAUCAUAUUGACCAGUGGAACAAGGUAAUUGAGCAACUAGGAACACCAUGUCCAGAAUUCAUGAAGAAAUUGCAACCCACAGUAAGAAACUAUGUGGAGAAUCGGCCCAAGUAUGCAGGACUCACCUUCCCCAAGCUCUUUCCAGAUUCCCUCUUCCCAGCGGACUCGGAGCACAAUAAACUCAAAGCCAGCCAAGCCAGGGACUUGUUGUCAAAGAUGCUAGUGAUUGACCCAGCAAAAAGGAUAUCAGUGGACGACGCCUUACAGCAUCCAUACAUCAAUGUGUGGUAUGAUCCUGCCGAAGUGGAGGCGCCCCCACCCCAGAUAUACGACAAACAGCUGGAUGAAAGAGAACACACCAUUGAAGAAUGGAAAGAACUUAUUUACAAGGAAGUCAUGAAUUCAGAAGAAAAGACUAAGAAUGGCGUUGUGAAAGGACAGCCUUCUCCUUCAGGUGCAGCAGUGAACAGCAGUGAGAGUCUCCCUCCAUCCUCGUCUGUCAACGAUAUCUCCUCCAUGUCCACCGACCAGACCCUGGCAUCUGACACUGACAGCAGCCUGGAAGCCUCGGCAGGACCCCUGGGUUGUUGCAGGUGA